CGGAAGUAAAUAAUGAAACACUGGCGGAACUACUUGCGUGUGUGUUUAUAAGAAAACAAACCGACAAUGAACCCGCUUACCAAAGUGAAGCUGAUCAAUGAGCUGAAUGAGAGAGAAGCUCACCUGGGUAUUAAGGACUCAGUGUCCUGGCAUGCAGAGUACAAGGACAGCGCCUGGAUUUUCAUCGGUGGAUUUCCGUACGAGUUAACAGAAGGAGACAUCAUCUGCGUUUUCUCACAGUACGGAGAGAUCGCCAACAUUAACUUGGUGCGGGAUAAGAAGACGGGGAAGUCCAAGGGGUUUUGUUUUCUAUGCUACGAGGAUCAAAGAAGCACGAUUCUGGCAGUGGAUAACUUUAACGGGAUUAAGAUUAAAGGCCGAACGUUACGUGUGGACCACGUGUCGAAUUAUCGUCCCCCCAAAGAUUCGGAGGACAUCGACGACGUCACCAGACACCUCCGGGAAGAAGGCUGCGCUCCCAAAGCGCCCUCUUUGUCCGAGUCGGAAUCGGGAGACGAGUCUCUCUUACCGUUAAAGAAACCAAAAAAGGAGAAAAAAGAAAAGAAGAAAAAGAAGAAGGAGAAAAAAGAAAAGAAGAAGAACAAGAAGGAAGCGAAAGAGGAAAGGCGCGCGACGCAGACGGACUCUCCCUCCUCCACUCCGGCUGUGAAGGUGAAGAAGGAGAAAGAGGACACGGGUUAUGAGAAGUACGUCCUGAAGGGGGCGCAGGAGUCCAGAGGCCAAGAGACGAGGAACUCGCGUGAAAGACCAGAGGAUCAGCACCGGCGAGGAGAGAGGGAGAGGGACAGAGAGGACGAAAGGAGGACGGGGAAGAGCAGAGACGAGGCGAGCGGGAAAGACGAGCAGCGUCCGAGAGAGCGGGAGAGAGACAGAGACAGGACGAGGGAAAGAGAAAGGGAGAGAGUUAAGGACAGACAUCGAGACAGAGACACUGAAAGACACUAUAGAGACAGAGAGCGAGAGAAAUUGAGAGACCGAGAAUACAGACGCAACUGAGACGAGGACGGUGUAUUCGAUUUUUUAAAAUCUGCUCGAUUGUCCUGUUUGGUCUUAUGACAUCAUAACACACUUGUUUUUGUCAAAUAUUGUAAAUAAAAAUUUUACUCAUCAUUCAACAUAGAAA